AUGUUAAGAUUGAAGGUAGAAAAAUUUAUGUCUCAAAAAAGAAAAUUUGAAAGAGAACAAUAAUUUUUAAUCAGUAGACAACUCUAUAUCAAAAAGAUAGAAAAUAAUGAUUGUUUUAAAUUUUUGGAGGAUUUAGAUUAAAUUAAAUUUGAAUAAGUGGAGCAAUAUUUCUCAAAAUUGAUUGAAAAUUCAUUUGAAAUUUUAAAGUAAGGCUUUAUUUCUAAACUUUCCCUUCUAUUUAGUACAAACUAUAAUUUAAUUAUAAAACACUUCAACAUUUUAAUACCUGCUCUUGUUAUAUUAUGUAAAUAAUCAGAAUGUAUUUAAAUAUAGCAAGAGCAGCUUGAAGCUUUUCCUUUCUUUUUAGAAGUUAUUAAACUUUAAGAUAUAGAAUUAAUUGACUUGGCUAUAGAAGGAUUGGUUAGUUUAUCUUAGUAUAAAUUUGCAAAAUUUGAUUCAUAAGAACUUAUUUAUAAUUUAGUUGAUUUGAUAAAUUUAUAAGAUUCUAAUAUUAAUAUAGCAUAGAUUUUUGCUUUGAUUUUAUAAUGGUAAGAAAUCAAAAUUCACAACAAACAAAUGAUUGAUUUAUUAUUUACUUCAAGAUUUCAAGCAUCUAUUAUAUAUUAUUUAAAUAUAGAUUGCUAUACAAUUAUAAAAUUUCUACUUAAAUUAUUAGAAAAAAAUUUCGAUUUGAGUUUUAUUAUUGAUACUGAAUUUUUACAAACAAUUACAAGAUUAUGUGAGAACGCCAAUGAUAAUAGAAAGAUUUAAGUAUCUUAAUAUCUAAAAAUAGGUAUUUUAUUUCAUGAAGCAUUUAUUAUCUUAAAAUUCAAAUGCUAUGUAAUAGAUCGAUUAUAGUCCUCUAAUUCUUUAAGCUUAAAAAAUGAAGAACGAAGAAAAUUCAUAUAAUUUUUUAAUUGAUUAAGUUUUAAAUUUGUUAAGCCUUUAGAGUUCUUUAGUAAAAAAAUAGAAACCUAUUGAAAUUCUCAAAGAAUUAUGA